AGUGAUUUUAGUGAAUGUCACUUUUUGUCAUUUUCAAAUUUCCCGCCGGUUCCGUCCCCGUACAUCCCGACGCUCGCAGGGGACGGAACCCAGUUGACAGAUGCCGGCAUCGGCCAGAGGACAUUGCCGGGGACACUGCAGGGGGGACAUCACGGUAGCGCAGAACAAGGUAAGUGCAAGAGGGAUCCCGGAGCAGCGCCACAUGGUAAGCCCGAGUGUAGCUCGGGGUUACCGCUUGUGGUACUGAAACUUUACCCCGAGCUACACUCGGGAAUACCGCCAGGGAGGCUAUUAUCAGAUUUGGGUUGAUUUACUAAAACUGGAGACAGCAAAAUCUGUUGCAGCUCUGCAAAGAAACCAAUCAGCUUCCAAGGUUUUUUUUGUCAAAGCUUAAUUGAACAAGCUGAAGUUAGAAGCUGAUUGGCUACCAU